AUGUUGACGAAAGCGAAGAGCUCAAUUCCCGUCUCUUUUCUCAGAAUCGGAGUGGUUAUAGCUAUAUGGUUCUCAUUUUUCAUUGCGCAGAACAAGACCCUUGCUUCCAAUUCCCCCUCCGCUUUCGUUCAGAGUGCCAUCUACUCUAACAAGAUCACCAUUUUCUCCAAAUCCUACUGCCCAUAUUCCCUUUGUGCUAAGCGCAUAUUCCGUGAGCGUCAUGAGCAACCUUUUGUUGUCGAGCUUGAUCAACGAGCUGAUGGAUAUGAAAUUCAAAAUAUUCUUCUGGACUUGGUGGGGCGCCGUACGGUUCCUCAAGUGUUUAUAAACGGGAAGCAUGUUGGCGGUUGUGACGAUCUUGAAGAUGCUGUUGAAAAAGGUCAAUUACAGAAGCUUCUCAGCCAAGAUUGA